CUUCUUCACUCACUCUCUCUCUCUCUCUCUACAGUCUACACGCAACGCAACUGGGUUUGGUUCGCGAAUCCCGCGUGGAUCCAUACCCAUCUCCCCCUCGAUCGUCGGAACCUUCCCCCAUUUCUUCCAGCAUUUCCCCAGGGAAAAAGCUCCCAUCUUUCGAAAGGAAGGGGGAGGAGAAAGCGUGGAAGAUUGCAGCGAAAGUUGUCAGCUUUAAUUAUCCAUGUGGUCGGAGUGGUGGUCAGUCGCUGAAAGCGAGAGGGCGUAGUUUCAAAACCAUCCUCCUUUUUUUUUUUCUCUUUUUUGGCAGAGCCCAUCUCUCUCUCUCUCCCUCUCUCCCUCUCUCUCUCUCUCUCCUCGCAAUGCGCGAAAGAAUCUCUGCGUUUCAAGGCUCCUCCCGGUUCCAUUUCUGAAUGUUUCUUCAAGAAACCGUGGAACCUGCUCGCUGAUGUGGUGGGUGCUGGUCAAUUCCCCUCGCUUCAGUGGAAAAUGGUUCGCCCACUUUGAGAUCUCCUGAAGGUUUGUAGCAUCUCCUAAGCUGAUUUGGAGGUUUUGUAUGAAUUGAUGACUGCUAAUGUGGGUUCUUGAAAGUGGGUCGGUGCGGUUUUGUGGAUUUCUGAAGGCUUAGAGCAGGAGAUCUGAGCCGAUAGCGUAGAGUUCUGGUAAUUAGAUGUUGCUGGAGGAGGAAAACCCGGGUUGUCAUCCGUGUUCAUGGUGAACGAGCUGAUUUGUCGAGUGGUAAGCAUAAUCAAGAUGGGGGUUUUAGUGGAUAAUGUUGGUGGGUUUGCUGUACUCCUCUUCGUGAAUGUGAGCUAACCCACCAGCUCAGGUAAGUGGAUGAAAUUGGUGAUUUUGGGGCAAGAAGCGGAAUUACGAGUUUCGAGGAGGUUUUGUGUGUAUUCAUGUCUGGAGCACCCAGAGUGAGGUCAAUGAAUGUGGCUGAUUCGGAGAUGAGACCUGUGCUGGGUCCGACUGGCAACAAGGCGAGUUCUCUGAGUGCCCGGAAACCCAGUUCGAAGCCAUUGAGAAAGAAGGAUAAGUCACCUGAUGAGUUUAGAACUCCGGAGGGAAAAAAGGCCUCUCAAUUUGCAGCAGUUGCUUCGUCGUCUCCCCAGUUACUUCCUACUAAUGGUUCCUCUGUACUUCGGCGGCACGAGCAGCUCUUGCAUUCUAACUCGUCCUUGAAUGCGUCCUGCUCAUCUGAUGCCUCUACGGAGUCAUUUCAUAGUCGGGCAUCUACUGGAAGGCUCAUUCGAUCAAGUAGUGUCGGGUAUAGACGAAAGCCUGUUGUCUCGAAGCCGAGGAGUGUCGUUUCUGAUGGCAGUUUAGAUUCUCCACCUCCAUUAGGUCCACAGGCAAAAAAGACUUGCGCUUGGGUGACGCCAAACACAGAGCCUUGCUAUGCUGCUUUCCACGAUGAAGAAUGGGGAGUUCCGGUGCAUGAUGAUAGGAAAUUGUUUGAGCUUCUUGUCCUUUCCGGCGCCCUCUGUGAACUUGCAUGGCCUGCCAUUCUGAGCAAAAGACACACUUUCAGAGAAGUCUUUGCUGACUUUGACCCACUCACUGUUUCCAAGAUGAACGAGAAGAAGAUGGGAGCACCGGGAAGUCCUGCAAGCUCGCUUCUAUCAGAAUUAAAAUUGCGCGCCAUCUUUGAGAAUGCUCGUCAAAUAACCAAGGUCAUAGAAGAGUUUGGUUCAUUCGACAAGUACAUAUGGAGUUUCGUGAACCAUAAACCCAUAAUUAGUAAAUUCCGAUACCCUCGUCAAGUCCCGGUGAAAUCUCCAAAAGCGGAUGUGAUCAGCAAGGACCUGGUCAGGCGGGGCUUCCGUAGCGUGGGGCCCUCGGUCAUCUACUCAUUCAUGCAAGCAGCAGGCCUAACGAACGAUCAUCUCAUCAGCUGCUUUAGGUUCCAGGCGUGCAUCUCCGCCGCGGAAGGCAAGGAAGAGGCCUGUGCCACGGAAAGUGUCCGUGACAAUAAAGUCGACGAUCCGAGUGAACGUGAAUUAUCCGCGGCCAUGGAUGAUUUGGACUUCUCUGAGGAAUUGUGACGUACAUAGCCCUGAGGCCAGAUCUCGAAUGUUGAACGGAUCUUUGACCCCCUCCUUAUGUAGGUACUCUGGCCGUUUUGGCCUAAUGACAACCAAUAUGUAUGUGUAUAAAAUUUCAUGAACCGUAUCGAUCGUGGAUUUUUGUUGCUUGUAGAGUAAUGAAAACAAAUAUUUCAUGGUAAAACGCGAUGAUGGAAGGAAGCCUUUUCGGAAUAGCAAGGAAGAUGAUGGUAGUAUUCAUUGAAGGUCGUGAUAUAUUAGUAAAAGACCAUGUCCCAUGUUUUUCAA